AAUUAACAAUUGACAUACAUAAUAGCCCCUCUAUAUUCAGGCAACCAAACGUCCGUGCCGCUUUCACCUGUGCCUCUUUUUAGUCUAUAAAACUUGUAAGAUCAAUAAAUACUGUUGAAUCCGAACCAACAGUACUGUAUCGAGAUCAAUUCAAUCACAAUGCCUCAUUCCAUAUCCCCUGAGAUCGACAGUCAAACACCUGUUGCCGAAGAAACCAUGACGGACGCUCCAGCUCAAAAUGGCGACGAGCAAGCAGCCGAGGACGACGUUGCCAUGACCGAAACGAAUACUAUACCCGUUAAAACAGAAGAAACUGAAAAUAAGGAUGUGAAAUUAGAAGAUUUAUUCGCGGAUGUCGACUCGGACGAUGAGUUCCCUAGCUCUCGACCAGGUGUGGAUAGGUCGUCGGCCCCAGCAUCGCCCUCUGAACCAGUCCCCAUGAGAGCAUCGGAUCCCCAACUCUUGCGCCUAUUUUACCAGCGCUUCUUUCCCUGGCGAUACCUCUUCCAGUGGCUCAACCACAGCCCGACCCCCACCAAUGACUUCGCGCACCGCGAAUUCGCCUUCACGCUGCAGGGCGAUGUGUACCUGCGAUACCAAUCCUUCCCCAGCUCCGACCUAUUCCGCAAAGAUGUGCUGCGUCAACUGCCAGUCCGUUUCGAAAUCGGUCCCGUAUACACGACGAACCCGCGCGACCGCAAGACGCUGCGGAACUCGAGUGCGUUCAAGCCGUUGGCGAAGGAGCUGUGCUUCGAUAUCGAUUUAACAGAUUACGACGACAUCCGAACAUGCUGCGACAAAGCGAAUAUCUGUAACCGCUGCUGGCAAUUCAUGACUAUGGCUAUCAAAGUCGUAGACGUCGCGUUGAGAGAAGAUUUCGGGUUCAAGCAUAUCAUGUGGGUGUACUCCGGCCGAAGAGGAGCUCACGCCUGGGUGUGCGAUAAAAAAGCCCGCACGAUGGACGACCAGAAGCGUAGGGCUAUCGCCGGGUACCUCGAGGUAAUCCGAGGUGGCGCACAGAGCGGGAAGAAGGUCAAUCUAUGGAGACCUUUACACCCUCAUGUCAGCCGAAGUCUCGAUAUCCUAGCCCCCCACUUCCAAUCCGACGUCCUCGAAUCUCAAGACCCAUGGUCGACCCCCGAGCGCGCCGAACACCUUCUCUCUCUCCUCCCCGACAAAGCCCUCAACGAGGGUCUACGCAAGAAAUGGGACGCGGCGCCCGGCCGAGCCAGCACAUCCAAAUGGGCGGACAUAGACGCCCUCGCGAAAUCCGGUGCAAGCAAGAAACUCGACACGCAGGCUCUGCUGGAGGCGAAGCAGGACAUCGUGUUAGAGUACACGUACCCACGCCUCGAUAUCGAGGUCAGCAAGAAACUCAACCAUCUGCUAAAAUCGCCGUUCGUUAUCCACCCCGGCACCGGGCGGGUCUGUGUCCCGAUCGACACGGCGAAGCUAGAGACAUUCGACCCGUUGGGCGUGCCGACAGUGCAGGAACUACUACAGGAGAUUGAUGAGUGGAGGCCUGAGGAGGGCGAGGAGGGCGGAAAGGCGAAGACGUUGCAGGAUUGGGAGAAGACGAGCUUGAGGCCGUAUGUGGAGUUCUUCCGAGGCUUUGUGCUGGCGCUUAUGCGCGAUGAGAGGGAUCCCAGGGUUAAGCGGGAGAGGGAGGAGGAGGGGAUGGAGUUUUGAGGGUGGGUGGGUAUAUGUAUAUAGAUAUGCAUUCGUGGACUUUUGUUGAUGAAGCACGCUUAGUGCUUAAGUCGGAGUUUGGGUUGGCGUCUCACGAAGUCAAAGAUAGAAUGAGUUCCUAUUUAAUGAAUGGUAGCGAAUAUCAUCUUUUUAACGCUGCUAUCGUGGUGGUGUUGGUUAUGAUGACUCUUGACUGAGAAGCUUCUCUCUGACCAUGGCUAUUAUGUCUUCGCUACCUUCUAUGUCCUUCCCGCGCCGGAAGCAGGCGCUGGCGAUGCUGAUGGUCUUGUCUCUGUUCUUCAUCCCGUGUGUGAUUUGUAAGUCUGAUUUUGGGACGCCUAGGAUCUCACUCAGGAUCUCAACUACAGCUUUAUUCGCCUUCCCGUCUUGUGGUGGAGCUGAUACACACAUCUCGAUGCACUCGUCUGUAACGGCGGCAACUCCCUCUCGCACUUUACUAGCGCCUGGUCGGAUGUGACAUCGUAGCUGUAGGAACUCUGGGGCUGAAGUCUUUGAUUUUUGGACGAGACUUAUGGCGUUACGCGUAGCCAUACUCUGAUUGCAUCAACGAGUAAGCAUCCCCUACGUGUUGAUUUGAAUAUGUUUAGAUGAAGUACGG